CGAUAUUUUGUGCUCGAGCCUCGAUUUUUGGCCUAUUACAAGAAGAAGCCCCAAGAUGGUGUGGUACCAGUGAAGACUCUUCUCAUAGAUGGAAACUGUAGAGUGGAGGACCAAGGAGUCAAGAGUCUCAAGCCUAACAAUGAUCAUGUGAGCCUACACAAAUUAUUUUUCUCUUCGGUGUUAAGAUUGCAUCUUAUCUUAGCAUUAUAUUUAUCCAAGAAAAGUAGUUUCAAGUUGGAUUAUUGUUUACUAUGAUUAGAGAGGCCACAAAAUCAUGAACAAUCACGUUGGUCUUAUUUUGGUAAGAAAAUUAUUUUGGUGAGUUACAUAUUGGUGAAAUGAGAUUCGGAUCCUGUCUCUCCAUCUCAAUAUGACAAUGGGACCUCAUAGCUCCAUCUAAGGUAAGCAAGCCAGAACUAGCUUACUUACUUGAUCUAUUGAAAUAAUUCAAACUACUUGAGAAUAAGAUUUAAUGUCAAGUGGUUCUAGAAUUUCCUUGUCCAUUUCCUAAAACUUCUACCUCCCUAUACCAUUUGGCAGCAUUUUCCGUUUGGGCAUACUGCAAAUUAGUUUUGUAAUACUGAAUACUUCUUUUUAGUUUCCACCUUUUAUUAAUCAUUUUAAGUUUUGUUUGAUUUAUGUGAGAGUUGUGAUAGAUAAAACUUAUUCAAGUGAUGCUAUCAUCAUACAUGCUUUCUACUAAUGCAUUCAUAUUCUACAAUAAUGUCUGGUUUUAUGGCAGAUGAUUUACGUUCUGUCAGUUUACAACAAGAAAGAUAGUUCCAAUCGGAUGACGAUUCAUGUUCCUUGUUCAGAUGGCAUCUUACAGCAUUCAGGAGGUUCACAAUUGGAAAGAAAAACUUGAAUCUAUUAUUGAUCAGCAGCAAGGGUCAAAUUCUGCCCAUGGUAACAAGUACUUUUCUUUUGAGUAUAGACAUGGCUUGGAUACUGGGAGAAAUGCUUCAUCAUCAGACCGUGAUGCUGCAGAAGAAGAAGAUGAUGAUGAUGAUGAUCAUCCAGAUUCUCCACACCAAACGAUAGGAGAUGGUCCCCCUGAAUCUGUUUUUGACUGGACGGAUGAAUUAGAUUCGAAUUUACACAUUCAGAAUUUCAACAGUCAGGCCUUUACAAAAAAGUCCUGGCGCCUUCUUCAGUGCCAAAAUGGGCUUCGAAUUUUUGAAGAGCUUCUUGAAGUUGAUUUUCUUCCAAAGAGCUGCAGCAGACCAAUGAAAGCUGUUGGGGUAGUUGAGGCUACUUGUGAAGAAACGUUUGAGCUCAUAAUGAGAAUGGAUGCUACGCGAUGCGAGUGGGAUUGCAGUUUUCAGUAUGGUAGCUUGGUUGAAGAGGUAGAUGGACAUACUGCUAUUCUAUAUCAAAGGCUUCAGUUGGACUGGUUUUCAAUGUUUGUAUGGCCUCGUGACCUCUGCUAUGUACGCUAUUGGCGUCGAAAUGAUGAUGGGAGUUAUGUUGUAUUGUUUCGUUCUAGGGAGCAUGAAAGUUGUCGCCGACAACGAGGAUAUGUGCGGGCUCAUAUUGAGAGUGGAGGGUUUAAUAUAUCACGUCUAAAGUCUUGUGGUGGCAGACCUAGAACAAAGGUCCAGCAUCUUAUGCAAAUUGAUCUUAGAGGCUGGGGAGCUGGUUAUUUUUCAUCAUUUCAGCACCACUGUCUUCUUCAAAUGUUAAAUAGUGUCGCUGGCUUACGAGAAUAUUUUUCUCAAACGGAUGAAAGGGCCAUAGCUCCUAGGAUGCCAAUUAUGGUUAAUAUGACAUCAGCUUCCGAUCCUUCAAAGAAAAGUAAAAGAUUUCAGUCAUCUUCCUUUCGCUUCCCCAAUUCUUCUAACAGGAUGAUGGAUGAAUGCUCAGAUGAUGACGAAGAUUUUCAAUAUGCUGGUCAAGAGGUUUCUACGUCAGAGGUUAAUGACAAAAGAAAUGAAUCCUCUGACGACGAACCUGAACUAGACAUGAACUUUUACUUUGGCAACCUUCGCCGCGAUGAUCAGGAAAAUGCCCGUAAUUGCUGGACAUUAUCUGAUGGGAACAACUUCAGAGUACGUGGUAAGAAUUUCUGCAGCGACAAAUCAAAGACUGCUGGAGGUAAGCAUCUUAUGGAUCUUGUUGCCACAGACUGGUUCAAAAGUACGAAACGAAUGGAUCACGUUGCCAAACGCCUUGGGUGUGCAGCACAAGUUGCAGCAGAUAGAGGACUUUUCUCUAUUGUUAUUAAUCUCCAAGUACCUGCUGGAUCCACACAAUACAGCAUGAUUUUUUACUUUGUAACAAAGAAUUUAGUACCAGGAUCUCUCUUGCAACGGUUUGUUGAUGGAGACGAUGAAGCCCGCAAUAGUAGACUGAAGCUUAUACCAUCAGUACCAAAGGGCUCUUGGAUCGUGCGGCAGAGUGUCGGAAGCACUCCUUGUUUACUGGGAAAAUCAGUUGAUUGCACCUAUAUCCGUGGCCCCAGUUACUUGGAAAUCGACGUUGAUAUCAGUUCCUCCACCGUGGCAAAUGGAGUGCUGGGGCUUGUGAAUGGUGUUAUCACAACGUUGGUUGUAGACAUGGCUUUUAUUGUACAGGGUAACACGCCGGAGGAGUUGCCAGAGCGAUUAAUUGGCGCCGUCCGAAUUUCACAUCUAGAAUUAUCAUCAGCACUAGAGCCCAGAGAGGAAGAUGAUUUUUGAUUCCAAUCAACCAGUUUUCAACACCACCCGAGGCCCUUCAAUAUUUUUUUUUAUUGCACUUCUCCAACACCAUUUUCCCAUCGUUUAGUUUAAUAAAGAGCACGUGCUUUGUGUGUCGAGUGUAAAUAGAACUCGUUUUUUUGGUAUAUUUUGAUGGUGAAUUGAACUCCUUCUGUGAUACUACAACUUUCUUGACCUUAUUAUUAAUUACACUAUUAUUAUUAUUAUUGAAUUA